AUGGCGACGGAAGAGGAGCUGCCGGAGGCGGCCGAGGUGUCGCCCGCGCCCGAGCCAGCAGGUGGAGGAGGCGGGGACGACGCGGAGAUGCCCGAUGCCGCCGCGCCCUCGGGCUCCGACUCGGACUCGUCGGACUCCGACUCCGACGACGAGGGAGCCGCCGCCGACGACGAACUCCGCAUCCAGACCCUAGAGCAAUCCCUCAGGGAGCAGCCACUCGACUACGAGACCCACGUGCAGUAUAUCCAGUGCUUGAGGAAGUCAGGCAACAUUGAGAAGCUGCGCGUGGCAAGGGAGGAGAUGAACAAGUACUUUCCUCUAACCCCUAAGAUGUGGCAGGAGUGGGCUAAGGAUGAGAUCUCAUUGAGCUCGAGUGAUGAAUCUUUUGGUGAUAUUGAAAAGCUCUACGAGCGUGGGGUGCAAGAAUACCUGUCCAUCAAGUUAUGGCGGGAUUACCUUGAUUAUGUUGAAGAGCAUGAUCAGUCGGUAUCACAAUGUACACCAUCUGGCCUCUCCAAAAUGAGAAAUUUGUUUGAAAGUGCUAUUACUGCAGGGGGGCUGCAUGUUACCGAGGGUAGCAAACUAUGGGCAGCUUAUAGAGAAUAUGAGAUGGCCAUUUUGAUCACCAUCGCUGAUGCCAAUGACGAGGAGAGGGAAAAGCAAGUUCAGCGUAUACGCACACUAUUCCACCGCCAGUUAUCUGUUCCUUUGACUGAUAUGGAAUCUACACUUUCUGAGUAUAAGAGCUGGGAGGCUGAGCAAGGGAAUGCAAACGAUCCUGGUGCAGAUUUUGAUGGUGUCCCCUCAAAUGUCGCAUCUGCUUACAAAAAGGCCAAUGAUAUGUACAAUGAAAGGAAGCAAUACGAGGAUCAACUAAGCAAUGCAGGCACAUCUGAAGCUGACAAACUGCAGGAAUUUGUGAAAUACAUCAAAUUUGAGGAGUCUUCUGGUGACCCUGCUCGUGUUCUAGUCCUGUAUGAGCGAGCUGUUUCAGAGCUUCCUGUUUCAAGUGAUAUAUGGAUGGGAUAUACAAGUUACCUGGAUAGAACCCUGAAGGUGCCUUCUGUACUCAGAAGUGUUUAUUACAGAGCCACAAGAAAUUGUACAUGGGUUGGUGAGCUAUGGGUCCAUUAUUUGUUGUCUUUGGAGCGUAUUCGUGCUUCUGAAGAAGAGCUGCAGCAUGUAUUUGAACGGGCAAUACAAUGUUCCUUUUCAACCAUACAAGAGUAUCUCAAUAUUUAUCUUACUCGAGUUCAUGGUUUAAGACGGAGGAUUUCUGAUGGGUUGGAUUUUCAACUGAUUAGGCAGACAUUAACGGAUGCUGCAGAAUUCCUCUCAUCUCAACUGGAUACCAAGGAGUUACUGCGCUUAUAUGCUUAUUGGGCAAAACUAGAGCAUAGUCUUGGCAAAGAUCUUUCUGCAGCUCGUGGAGUUUGGGAAAACGCAAUCAUGAAAAGUGGGUCUGUUUUUGAAGUUUGGGAGCAGUACAUUUCAAUGGAGAUAGAAAUGGGCCAUGUACAUGAGGCGAGAUCCAUUUAUAAGCGUUGUUAUAGCAAAAGAUUUGCUGGUUCUGGAUCAGAGGAGAUAUGUCACUCAUGGAUAAGAUUUGAAGAGGAGAAUGGCACCUUGGAUGAUUAUGACCUUGCUGUAAAGAAGGUUACGCCUCGGCUAAAGGAGCUUAUGAUGUUUAAGUCUCAAGAGGAGGCUAAAGUUGAGGCUUACCCUAACCCCAAUGAUAAUUCUAAUGCAAAUGAUUCCUCUCAAAAAAGAAAACCAAGUAAGAUGGCCAAUAAACAGCAGCCCCCUGCUAAGAAAAGAAAAGAGAAUCCACCAAAAAGCACCAUGCCAUCAAAUGACCAAGGAUCAAAUCUACAAAGUGGGCACAGUGGUGCUGUUACUACUGUAGAAGUUGGAGAGGCCAGCAGGGAGAAGGUCGUGGCAUCUAUGGAGAUGAAAGUGGAUGGUGACAGCCAAAUAGGGAAAUCAAGUUCAAAUGAACCAAAGCCAUCCUUCUAUAAUGACAAGUGUACAGUUUUUGUGUCAAAUAUUGACUUGAAGGCAAAUGAGGAUGAUCUCAGACGAUUCUUCUCUGACAUUGGUGGUGCCACGGCAAUAAGAUUGCUGAGGGACAGAUUCACCAAAAAAUCAAGGGGGUUGGCCUAUGUGGACUUUUCAGACAACAAGCAUCUUGAGGCAGCUAUUAAGAAAAACAAGCAGAAGUUGCUUGGAAAGAAAGUGAGUAUCGCGCGAUCAGAUCCAAGCAAGGGUAAGAAGAGCCGCGAAGCAGGUCAAGCUAGCCAGGAUAAUUUACCUCAGAGUAGUGGUGAUGAUGCAAAAGCAACAGGAUCCAGUGGACCAGACAAUGAAGUACCCAAGGGUGAUGCAAAAACCACGGGGAAGAAUACCUGUUUUGCACCACGAGCUGUGGUUAAACCUCUUGGAUGGACCAACAAGGAUGAGAAGAAACCAGAUGGCGCAGGGGAGUUGAAAUCAAAUGAGGAGUUCCGAAAUCUGUUGCUUAAGAAGUGA